AUGUCAGACGAAUACGUUAGCUACGUUCCAAAUAAUAAUGGAAGAUUCGUCCGAUAUUCACACACUCGACCAUCACCAUCAUCGAAUCCAUUAAUUGAACUCGGGCGUAUGCUACUCAACUUAACCCGCGUAAUUUUUCAAUUAUUAAAUUUAUUACAUUCUGUAAUAGCAACAUGCAAUAAUAUAAUGUCAUCAUUGCCUUUUUUUAUACGAUAUAUUGUUCAUGGUGUAUUAGCAAUAUGUUUUCCAUUCUAUUCAAUUUAUCAAGGUUAUAUAGUGCUUAUUAAUCGAAUUCACCAAAUUACUUAUCCAAUCUAUCGCGCAAUCACAUUAGUUUCACGAAUAUUCACAUUUUUUGUCCAAUUACCUCUAAAAAUAAUAACAUUUUGUAUUACUGAAACUCGAACGUUAUUGAGAAAUUUAUUGAUACUAUUAAUAUUCGUCGGUAUUAUUUUUGCAUUAGCCCUUAUAUUAUUAAAUAACAAUCAAUUAGAUUAUAUUAAAUCAUAUGUACAAAACACAACCGAUUUUAUAUUGAAAAAAAGUUCAAUGAUUUGA